CAAAACAGACAACGAGGGAGUAGGAGAUAAAGUGGCCUGGAAAAUAGGAAUGCCUGCCCGAGUGUUGGAAUUGAGGAUAAUGGAUGAAGAUCAAUUAUUUGGAGAAAUCCUGGAUAAGUUUAUUAAUUGUCAGGAGCAAACAUAUGAAGAAUUUCUGAGCACUUUUACUCAUCUUUCAAAAAAGGAUAAUGUGACCAACGGAGUACUUGGAACUGGUUCUUCAAAAACCAUAGCUACUUCUGUCAAAUUUACUCAUAAAAAUGAACAAAAGGACCACAUCUUAGAAAGACUGAACACUGCAUCACAGUGUUCAGAAGAAGAACAGAUGGUGAUAGAUGAAGGCCUGAAAGUCAGCAGUUCCUUUCAAGGUGAUCUGAAGUUGGCUGGAAAGGUGAAGGUGGACAACUUCCUCAGUUUAGAAGAUGUGGACAUAGAUGAAGAGACUGAUCCCCCAUUAUAUGUGUAA